AAAGAUGGCGUCAGAACCGAAGAGAUGUAAACAAGUUUGCUCAAAAUCAGAAGAAACCUUUUGUUACAAUGAAAUUGAAGGCUGUCAAAAGUUCAAUUCUAGGGAAGGAAGCUCUGCAGGUAAAGAUGCUUCAAACUUGUCAAAUCCAGAAAGCGACACUGACAGUGAAAGAAGUAAACCGAACUCCAUUCAGCAGGGUUCAUUGCAACUCAGUUGUGAUAUUGGUCAUGACUUAAUGGUUCCCCAAAACCUUAGUGACUGGGAGAGGAAACACAUUGAAAACCUGAAUAUUAACGUAUCUUUUCGACCAGAUAUAUCACCUUUGGACCUCAUACACAGAAAGAUUCAGAAAACAGGGCUUCAAAUCUGUGAGGUACGAAGGCUGGCAUCAGAUGAAGGAGAGGAAAAAAUUGCGUCUUUAGUUAAAUAUGUCCAACAAAGUAAAUUUAUGGAGAUGUUAGCUAAAAUAAACUAUGUGACUUUUGGUGAUCUAAGCAGGAAAUCUUUGAGAGGUUUAGACAUGUAUGCAGAUGAUAGAUACCAGUGUUCGUUUAUACCUGAUGAAGUACCAGAGAGUCUUAAAUUAUGGUUUUACAGAUUUCACACAAAUGGAAAAAUGUUUGCACACAUUUUACAUAAGAUGGUUGAAAACAAGGAGGAGGGCAUUCAGAAUCAUCAAUGUCAUUUCCAGCAUCUAUUUGAAACAUUAACAAAUAUGUUUGGAAUGUAUAGUUUUGUAAGUUUAAUGGCUUGCUCUGAGAUGCAGAAAAUGAAUAUCAAGGAUACUGAAGUUUAUGGGGCUCCAGAUAUUGUUUACUCUAGUCACUGUUGGAAUGAAAUGAGAAAUUCUCAUACAGUGGCCACUUGUGAGGUGGAGAGAGAAAGACCUUUGUUAAAAGACCACCAAAAAUCUCAAUCUCCAAGCAGGAAAGCACAAGAAAAAUUGAGGAAGCGGUUUUCAACAGAAGAAGUAUCUUCAUCAUCAGCUUCUUGCUCUACAACAGUGGAAAAAGAUUUUCCAACCCUGUCAAAUCAACUUAUUGGGCAACAUGCAGGAAAAUUGUUGGUGAAUUAUAAGCAGUCAAAUAGAUGUAAUUUGAUACUUGGUUUGGUUGUCCAAGAGACACAUGUCACAUUUACUGCACUAAAAAUGACAGAUGACCAGUUCCAGAGGAUUAAAGAUGGAAACAUCAAUCGCUCAGAAAAGGAUAGACCUACUUUCACUUUUACAAAAGCAUAUGAUUUUCUAAAAAUAGAAGACUUGGAGAACAUGAUAGAGCCAUUGAUAAGAUUAGGUCUAGAACAGCAUAAGUGAGAUUUGGAACCUUUGAAAAUGGAAGUUUUGAUUAUCACCUUGGCAUUUGUCUCCUUUCAGACAAAGAAAUAUACAGGACUCUUGUGAAGAU